AUUAAUUGGUGCAGUCUUCGCAGCAAUUUUGCUUCUUGUUCAUAAAGUUGAAUCACAAUUCCCGGUGAAUUACAUCUUUCUUUUACUCAGUGUAUUAACGUCGUCUUCUGGACUGGCUGGUCUGACAAGAUCGCUUCAUUUAUGGACAGCAUUAUCAUGGAGUUUGGCGAUAUUUCUAGCCGUGAUUGUCGUGUUAGUUGGAUACCAACUGAGGCAAUUGAGUAAAAGUGGGGACAAUAUUCUGAUAAUUUUGGCAUUCGGAUUGAUGCUGUUGGGGUGUAUUCUGUUAGCCGCUGUAUACUUUGCCGGCUAUAAA